AUGGCAACAGACUCGCCCCCUGCCCUCCAAGAAGCCACCAUCAACUCGACCUCCGUCUGGCAACACGACCUCGAAAGUCUCUUCCACCUUGCGAAAGACAGGUUCCCCGACGUUGUUUGGACGCUCGGCGCUGAAGACGACGACCAGCCAGCAACGGAAGAGGUAUGGGGGCAUAAAGCCAUCGUUUACGCUCGAGCACCCCCAAGCUUUCAGAAUCGAUAUUUCUCCUUCAGACCAAAUGCUUCUUCACCACUACCAUACUCCUCUUCGCCCAACGGUGGCUAUCCUACCGCAUCCGCCCUUUCACUUUCUCUUGGCCUCGAGACGCCAGGCGUUCCGAGGUCACCUUCUCCUUAUAGGACAGGCUCCCCUGCUCCGUCCGUCGCGCCAGGAACGGUAUUGCGAUUGAGCACUUCAAUCAACCCCACACUCUUUUCGAACGAGCUCGAGUACCUUUACACCGGUAAAGGCAUGGGAGAAGCAUUCGAAUUUCUCUUCGACUCGGCCGAAAGCAGAGAUGAGGGCGACGCUGAAGAAUUGCGCAUGGACAAAUUGCGCAAAGACCUGGUAUUCAUGUGGCGAUCCAGACUGUACUCAGAUGUUCGUUUAGCGCUCACUGGGACAUUCUCGACUUCGCAUCACGAAGACUCGACCGCUGUGUUUUCUUCUCAUCGCUUCAUACUCAUCUCACGUUCAAGUUACUUUCACAACGCGUUGGUGUCGUGGCCCAGUGCUCCCAAACAUCGCCCUGGCGAACCACUGACACUUCAAUUACCGUCUCCUCCUUUCACGCCUGCCUCCCUUCAUUUCACACUUGGAUUUAUCUAUACUGGGACUCUGGUUUUCUCUCAUCGUUCCUACGACCUGGACACCGGUCUACAAAUAAUGCGCGCAGCCCUUUACCUCUCUAUCCAGACACUGUACGAUGAGAUACAGGCUCGGAUAGUCCAAGAGAUGAUGCAUGGUCUCUUUCACGCCUUCCUAGAAUUCUCCGAAUACGAACGACUUACCGGCAGCAAGUGGGGCACAGGAGGAUGUCGGUGUCGACAGUGCGCUCGUCGUGCUCCUCGAAUCCUCGAAUUCGCUUUGGCCGACGACGUCAAAAAUCCCCAUCUUGAGCGCGGAGCACGUCGGGCCUUGGUCGGGCUCUUCGGAGAAGGGUGGUGCACAACAGAAUUUGCUUCGCUUCCUCAACGCCUCAGAGAUGUUGCGCUCAAAGGCGUCGGCAAACGAACCACUCCUCAGAAUGUUUUCGCGCUCCUUUUCGCCGCCGAGCACGCCCUCAUCAAGCUCAACCCCGUCAUUGAUUCAUGGGCGGACACCGUCAGGGAUAUGAUCCUUGCUGCAAGGAAGGGCAUCGAUGACUGUCUUGCGGGGAAACCAGAGGAGUGCUUCUCUCAGCAGGAUUGGAUGGAGAUGAUGGAGAACGACGGAGUGAGGUUUGAAGAUGGCGAGAGAAUAGAUUGGAUUAUGUCUGCAAUCAAGAGAGGCGUCAACGACAAGAACGCAGCCUUGUUGUAUCAGACAUUGGUCUCCGCGGUGCUUCUUCAUCUGCACCCCACUGAACAGGAUCAAGUGAUGCUGUCCGAAACCUCCCAUAUCCGUAUUCAAGUCGACGAUACGCGAAUGGACGUUCUACGGUACAUCAAGAAGCGGUGGCUCACCAUACGACAGGACGGUGGAUUCGACCAAUUAGAGGGUUGGGCCGUGAAGGAAAUCGCAGAUGAACUCGAUGUUGCUGUUGACGAUCUCAAUGCUCCAGCACAGCGUCAUACAGUGUAUCGCAACAGUCUGAGACCCAAGCUCGAUCAGGAAUCCGAUACGGGCAGUAUGCAUUCAAUGCGUGUUAGCGUCCUGAACAAAGCGACUUCACCCAAACGUGGAACUACCUCCACUCUGCGAGAACCGAUUUCGUCUGGUGGCUCUGUACGGUCAAUGGCGAGAAGCACUGUGUCGAAGGCGAGUGUCGAUGUCAACAGUACUAUCCGACGCAAAGUUUCCGACCCUCGCCCCGAUUCCAAGCUUACACCACCCACCGAAAAUGUGCUUAGCGUAUCCCCUCCCCAAUCAGAUUCGGGAGAUCUGGACGAUCAACCGUCGGAGCAAUCAACCACCCCUUCUACGCCUCUGCCCAAGACCCUUGUCCGCCCCCUUUCGGCUGCUAGCAGGCGCAGUAUAUUAUCUCGAACGACGACGUCGGACUUGAAGCCCAAAUCGUCUGUCUCAUCCAUACGAACGCGGACCUCUACCGUGGCUUCCACUCGAAGCUCCGCUGGGCCAUCCAACUUACGGCCUGUCAGGCCCACUUCUAGUCUUUCUAGUGCAACGAGUGACGGGUCUGGCACAUUCAAGACAGCGAAUACUGCUAUUUCACGGUCGCGUCGGACGUCGAAUGCCUCUACGAUUAGUGUUAAAACCACCGCGUCUACAACUACAUCCCCUAGAUCCAGGAGGACAUCUGUGGCAUCCACCGUCUCUACAAUAUCUACAACACCUUCAAAGGCCGUCAGACGUCCUCCCGUCCCAUCUAUCGAUCCAGCUAAGCUAAGCCCGAGCUCAGCUAGACGACCACCAUCGAUUGCUCCCUCUGUCAGGUCUGUCAGCUCGACAAGAUCUACGUCUGUCCGAUCAACUGCCUCGACUGUUUCGACUGUUGCAUCUCGGAAGACUGCAACAACGCCGCGCAAGCCCGCCACUACAACCCAGGAGCGCAAGACUCCCCUCGCUACUGUGAGGAACAACACUCAACGCCCUGUCUCCUCCGCGUCAUCCAUCCGCUCUGUAGCUUCAAAAGGCAAAGGCAAAGCUACCACCCCUGUCGUCCCAGAACACAAGAAAACCGAUAGCACGAAAUCAACAGGCAGCACUAUGACACUGAAGCGUAAAGGAUCAACGGAUACCAUCACACCGACAGUCGCUUCAUCCGCUGGUCGGUCUAACGAAGAACCGUCUGACACGUCUGUCACCUCUCCUCAGCCAGCGAAUGGUCCCCUUUCUACAGUCCCGAAGGGCGACACGUUGGGCAUCGGUAUCCCAUGCAUCAUCUCUUCCAAGCGUAAACGUUUCAAGGCUUAUGCGCGUUACAUUGGCGAAGUGGAGGGUGAAUUUGGCCCUUGGGUAGGCGUUGAGGUGCCUUUCGGUGAAAACUGGGGAGACGAAGUUGAGCCAUUGGAUGGUGAAGGUAGACAGUGGCACGAUGGGACGUGGGGCGGCGUGCGUUAUUUCGAGAUCAAUGGGACAAACGGUUCAGAGUGGGACUACGGAGAUGACAGAGCGGCUCGUCGGCGGAGAACUGAAGGCUUGAGCAGCAGUGGUGGUUUCGGGACGGUGAAAGACAAAGGUUUUUUGAAGAGGGAGGGUGAUCAGUUGAGCGUAGACCGGGCAAAGCGGUUCCGCAGUGCCUCCCCUGCAGCCUCUGAUCUAUCAACCGCGGAGGCGAGAGGGUUGUUUGUAAGGCCGCAACAGGUAUUAUACGUAGUGGACGCCGUGGGUUAG